AUGUUCGGCACUCCGUCUUCCUCGUCGGCGUUCGGCACUGCGUCGUCCACACCGGCGUUCGGUGCGUCUUCAGCCUUUGGCUCGUUUUCUCCUUCCCCGGCGUUCGGUACACCAUCAUCCACGCCUGCGUUCGGAACGCCGUCGACAUCUUCCUUCUCCACUGGCGGAUUUGGCUCCUCACUCUUCUCUACUCCCUUCUCAUCCCAACAGCCACAGCAGCAGCAACAGCAGCAGCAGCAGCCGAGCUCGCUGUUCGCGCAACCACCGGCAUCUACCAGUUUUGGUUUUCAGUCACCGUUCAACACGACACAGCAGCAGACGCCUUUCCCAAAUGCGCAAUUGACCACUCAGAUGGCUCCCGUUGCUCCCAUUGCCUUUUCUCUCGCCGAUCGUGAUGUCCAGGCCAUUAUUGAAGCGUAUAAGGAAGAUCCGACGAAUUCCAAGUUUGCUUUUAAGCAUCUUUUGUUCAGUGUGACUGAGCAACAGUACCGGCACAAGCCUGCAACUGUAUCAGAUAUAAUGUGGGCAGAGGCAAUGAGCAAACUCGAAGGCAUGGAUUCAACAGAAAGAGAGCGCCUGUGGCCUCAGCUUGUCCAAGGCUUUAAAGAUCUUUCUCAGCGCCUCAAGCUUCAAGAUGAAGUUCUCGUCUCAGAUAGGGAAAGAAUAAAAACGACUCAGAGCAACGUCAAAAUGCUUCAGAGGCAUUUGCAAGCACAUACCUUUCCAUCCAUUGAAAAGUUGAGACAGAAGGAGCAGAAUCUUCAACGACGCAUGUUGAGGGUUAUGAGGAUAAUAGAGAGCUUAGAGGGAAAGGGUUUUCGGUUACCCUUGACAAAAGGAGAGGCUGAACUGUCAGAGAAGUUAACUGGAAUAACAAGACAGGUGAAAGGUCCUGGAGCAGAGCUUUCUAGGAGGGUGCAAAGUCUGCAGUCUAUAUCUCGCGCUCAAGCACAUUCCUUCUCUGCUGGUAGUUCCAUUUAUCUCCCGGGGUCAACUAAAAUAGACGAGCAGAGCCUGAUUGAUAUGCAGGAGGUAUUGCAACAGGAGACCGAAGCCGUAGGAAGACUUGGGAACGUAUUGAAGCGAGACUUGAGAGAUACGGAAAUCAUGGUGGCUGAAGAUACAGAAAUGACUCAAGACGCAUAA